GGGGCGGGCGGUGGGAUGCGUGAGGGCUCCGUAUAUCUGAAUCCCGUCCCGGAACCGGCCGAGAGCACUGCUGUGCCGCCCGGCCCUGUUAGUCGCCUGUCCGGUCCUGUCCCCGGGUCCCCGCUCUGCGCCCUCUGCGGGUGGGAGGGAGUGGCGUGGCCAGCUCCCGGCCAGUGCACCAGGCCCCGCGUGCGUUUUCUGGGUAUCAAAGAUCGGCGACCACUGGGGACAGUUAAACCUGGUGUGACAAGAGAAUGUGACUUUUGGUGCUGCACCAGAGAAGCAGGUCACUGAGUGUGGGAAACUAUGGCCAUGGAAACCCUAGCAUCUGAGAACAAGAAAAGGGUCCUUCCCUCAUGGAUGACAGCCCCUGUGGAUGAGAGGAGGGUGUUGCCAGCAAGGACACCCAAAAGGAAGAGGACGGCGGCUGAGCAAGUUGGGGCGGCAGCGAGGACCCCGGCCACCAAGACUGUGUACUGUAUGAAUGAAGCCGAAAUGGUAGAUGUGGCUCUGGAGAUCCUGAUUGAGGGCCGCAAACAGGAAAAGCCGUCUCUGGUGGCCACUGAUAAGCUGCAGCUCUCCCCUCCCUGCUCCGCGUCUCCUCACCCCAGUUCCCCUGGGAGCAGCAGCGAGGACGAGGGCAGUGGGAACAGCUCGCCCGCUCUAGGCCUCAGCCCUUCCCAGGGGCCAGAAGCCGCCAACUCUGCCUGCAGCAGGAGCCCCGAGGAGGAGAAGGAGGAGGAAGAUGUGUUAAAGUAUGUCAGGGAGAUAUUUUUCAGUUGACACGGACUGUUCACUGGACUUGAUGCCAAGAGCAGUGGGGUCUGCUGAGAACUGCGGACACUACCCACCCCUGGCACCCUCGAAAACCAGGCUUUGCUCCCAACGUCCAGUCCCGGGGGGCUUUCAUUUUGGAGCGCCUUUCUGAAUGGGGGGAGGUAUUGCAGGCUUAGUGUCAUCCUGCACUGCCCUCUGGCUCAGAGGGUCUGGCAUCCCAGCCCUGUGUUUUAUUCAAGUACCAGCAAAAAUGAGGUCAUGGGCGUCAUGGAAGCAAAGAAAAAUGUAGCUGCUGAGAACACUGGGAUUCCAGCUAGGCAGCCAGAUCUCGCCCUGAGGAGGAGGCCUAUGAACAGUCUCCAUCAUGACCCAGUCCAGCAGUCGGCUUCCACCCCUCUAACGGAAAAGGCUGGCAGCUGCCCACAGUUUCCUGCCAGGCUAGCAGCAGGGGGCCCUCUCCACCUGUCACCUCUCUCCCACCUGGGUCCUCCACCUUGGUCACUGUCCAGCUCUAAGGGAGAGUGGGACAGAAAACACUGAGGACAAAAGUUCA